AGAAGCGAGAGAAGGCGAAGAAGAAGAAGAGAGAGAAUCCACCUAGGAACCCAAGCGAAGCGAAGCGAGACUCACGUACUCGAUAGCGACUCACUUCUGAGAAGAGAGAGAGAGAGACGACGUUAGGUGUCUGUAAUUGCAUCGAAGAAUCACACAAUCUGAUCAGACCACUUCAUUUCGAUUUCGAUUUGGAUUUCUUUCGAAGAUCAAUCGGAUCACACAGAAAGAAUAUGCUGAACCUGCCAUACCCGCCAAAAAAAUUGUUCCUUGAAAAUGAGCCAAUUUUCGGCCACAAUGCCCGUGAUUUCUGACCCCACAAUUGGCUCAAACGGAUCAACUUCAGCUUGAACAGUCCCGUUUCCGUCUUCUCUUCAAUCAGGGCACCAAAACCCUAAUCGAGAUUCUUCACCGAUAUGCGAAGAUACUGAUAUGAAUAGAGAAGAGAUUGGGAACGCUAUGACUGUAAGAGCAAAACUAGCUGGUGCAGUGGUUUUAAAAAAUAAUGGCCACAGAGAGGAUGAAGGAGAGUCAAAGAUUGAACCGCAUGCGGGUUUAGAGUUCGAUUCAGCAGAGGAUGCACAGGAGUUUUAUAAUUUAUAUGCGACACAAGUGGGUUUCAAAAUUAGGAUUGGCCAACUGUACAGAUCCAGGGUAGACGGAUCGGUUAUUUCUCGAAGAUUUGUGUGUUCAAAGGAGGGUUUUCAGACCAAUAUGAGAACAGGUUGCCCUGCAUUUAUAAGGGUACAAAGACUUGAUUCUGGGAAGUGGCUUCUGGCCAAUAUUAAGAAAGAACACAAUCAUGAGCUUGGACUUUCUGGGGAAGUUCCACCCCAAAUACAAAGGAAAGCCUUUCCAGCUCCAAGGUCAUCAACUGUUGUGUCCUCUAGGACAGGAAUCGGAUCAGUUGAAGAAGAGGAUGGACGCCCAUCUGCAUCGGGCAUAAUUGAUGUUAAACGCCUCAAAAGGGAAGAACUGGAAGGAGAAGCCAAAGUUGAGCCGUACAAAGGUCUCGAAUUCAAUUCUGCUAAUGAAGCAUACAAAUUUUACUAUGCUUAUGCAGCUAAAACAGGCUUCAAAAUUCGGAUUGGUCAGUUGUUUCGUUCAAAACAUGAUGGGUCGAUUACAUCUCGAAGAUUUGUGUGCUCGAAGGAAGGACAUCAGCACCCUUCCAGAGUCGGUUGUGGAGCAUUCAUGAGGAUACAGAGACAAAAAUCAGGAAAGUGGGUAGUUGACCGGCACCAAAAAGAACACAAUCACGAUCUGGAGUCUCCAAUGGAUGCUGGUACAAUUGCCGCGUUUAAGGGAUUUAGAGAGGAAGUAAAUAGUGGGCUGGAAAAUGUGGAUUUACUUGAAACAAAUUAUGGCCUCGGCCUUGUCAAAAGAGGUCGAGAAAGUAACAUUGGAAGUGAUUGGUAUCAUAUGUUUCUCGAGUAUUUUCAGUCACGGCAAGCAGAAGAUACUGGAUUCUUUUAUGCUGUGGAAGUGGAUGAUGGCAAAUGCAUGAGUAUUUUCUGGGCGGAUAGCCAAUCUAGAUUUGCAUGCAGUCAGUUUGGGGAUGCUGUAGUUUUUGAUACAUCCUACAGGAGUUGUACUUAUUUGGUGCCAUUUGCUUCAUUCAUUGGGGUUAAUCAUCACAGGCAACCAGUACUUCUUGGGUGUGCUUUAAUUGCUGAUGAACAUGAGGAGUCUUUUACUUGGGUGUUUCAAACAUGGCUUAGGGCAAUGUCUGGGCGCUGUCCUCUGUCAAUAAUAGCAGAUCAAGACAAGGCCAUCCAACAGUCGAUUGCACGGGUUUUUCCUGGGACACAUCAUCGAUUUUCAGCAUGGCAAUUUAAAGAAAAAGAACAGCAGAAUUUGGGUGCACUACUUACCAUGGAUAAUGAAUUCAAAUAUGAAUAUGAAACUUGCAUCUAUCAGAGCCAAACACCCAGUGAAUUUGAUGCUGCGUGGAAUAUGAUUGUCAACAGGUAUGACUUGAAGGAGAAUUUUUGGGUAAAGGAAAUGUUUAGAAUGCGUAAAAGUUGGGUUCCAUUGUAUAUAAGGGGCAUGUUCUUUGCGGGCAUCCCUGUUGAUGGAAGCAUGAAAUCAUUUUUUGGAACAUUUUUGAAUGCCCAGACACCUCUCAACGAAUUUAUUUUACGAUAUGAAAAAGCUCUUGAGCAACGCCGUGAGGAGGAAAGAAAGGAGGAUUUUAACUCAUUCAACUUGCAAGCAGUUUUGCACACAAAAGAUCCCAUAGAAGAACAAUGUAGAACGCUCUACACAAUGACAAUGUUCAAAGUUUUCCAGAAAGAGCUUUUAGAAUGCUAUAGUUAUGCUGGUAUGAAAAUUAACGUAGAAGGUGCCAUCAGCAGAUAUUUGUUGCAGAAGUGUGGGGAUGGAGAUGAGAGGAAUACCGUUGCAUUCAAUGCAUCAAAUCUUAAUGUAAGUUGCAGUUGUAAAAUGUUUGAAUUUGAAGGGGUGCUUUGUAGACAUGCACUGAAAGUGUUCCAGAUAAUGAACAUAAGGGAACUUCCAUCUCGUUACAUUUUACAUCGGUGGACGAAAAAUGCGAAGUAUGGUAUCCCACGGGAUGUCGAAUCAGGAGGUGGCUCUCAGGAUUUCAAGGCUUUGAUGCUGUGGAGCUUAAGAGAAGAAGCCCGGAACUACAUUGAGGUUGGGACAGCAUCUCUAGAAAGAUAUAAACUUGCCUUCGAGAUCAUGCAAGAGGGUAGGAGAAAUAUUUGUUGGCAAAAUUGAGAUGUAAGCUGCAUAAAGGUCAGAUACUCUGCUUCUUCUUUUCUUUGUUACUUGAUAACAAGGUCAGACAUCUCGGCGGUGAUCAAUUCUGUGGUUUGAAGUGUCUAGUUUUCUGGUGGGUGUCAGCCAUGUGAUUGGCGUCCAUUGACCCCAUUUACAUUCGAAUCAGAACUUUGUUAUGCAUGUGUAAUUUGGAUAUUAUCUAUUUCAUAUCUGUAGUCUGCGCUUGUAAGGAAAGGAGGUUUUUUUUUUUAUUAUUUUUAUCAUUAAAUUUAAUGCAGGUGUACAUUUAUGAAAACAGCCUCCAUGAAAUUCUAGUUUUACCCUUUUAUUGCGUAA